UAUCAUGUCAAACAAACGCCAAAAGCGUAAAAAUUUGAUUGCAUUUGGAUGGCGUCACUAUUUUUGCUCGUCUCGGGAACAUCGCAAUAAUUUUCCGAGCCAAAUAUUGUGUGUUCUCCAUCAAAGUAACCAUGGAUUUUAACUCCAGUUUCAAAAGUGAGCUCAACUUGGAUUAUUCUGGAAGUUCUAGUUUGGAUCUCGCCAGCGAUCAGAAGCGAAGGAGUUCGUCACGAUCGAUCAAACGGAAGCGCUUUGACGACGAAAUAGUGGAAUACAGUUUAGGAUUGCCGCAAGCGCAGCUUAAAAACGUUGGCCGUUCGCGGACGCUUUCGCAGUCGCUUCCGUUCGGUGGUAGCCCGGGAAUUCCAGGAGUUCCGAUUACUCCGCAGCUGGUUCCACCCAUUUCCGAUUCGCCAUCAUCGAUCGUAGAACAGCCGCUUCUUUCCGUUCCGGUUCCUCAGAUACCGUUGGCCGCAGUUGUCGCUCCCCUGCAACCGAUAAUGCCACUUCCUCCGCCAGUUGUUCCGAAUCCGGCCACCAGUUUGCUCCAGCAGCUGAAUUCCAACGCCUCGGUCAACGACAAGAAAAAAAGCUUGAAAAAUAGCAAAAAGAACAAGAAGAAGGGCGGCGGACAGACGCUGGCCACAAAAGAUCUCGGUCGAUGGAAGCCAAUAGAUGACCUGGCGUUGAUAACCGGAAUUCUGCAAACCAAUGACCUACGGAUGGUUCACCGGGGAACUAAGUUUUCCUGCAAAUUCACCAUUCACGAGAUGCAAGCCCGCUGGUAUUCCUUGCUGUACGAAGAACCGAUUUCCCGGAUUGCGGUCACUGCGAUGCGAAAUCUUCAUCCGGAAGUGGUGGAAAGUGUCCAAAGUAGGGCGCUGUUUUCUGUGGCAGAGGAAGAGCUCUUGGGGACAGUUAAGUCCAAUUCCAACCCCUCGCAGGAAACGUUCCAGGAGCUGUUGGACAAAAAUUCGACCGUUUUCUAUCAGGCGCGAACAGGCAAAUCACUCCUUGCCCAUUGGCAAGCAAUGAAGCAGUUUUCGCUUCUGCCGGAUCAAUCCGUUCAAUCAUUACCAAAGAGCGACAAUAUCCUGUCCUUUUCGGACGCCGAAGACCUGAUCAACGAUUCGGAACUAAUAGAUCAGAAAGACGACGCUUUGGAGAUAGAAUUGGCACUCGCCGAUCGCCGCAGCAAGAAGGAAAUUCGUAGCCUGGAGAAUGAGCUUUCCCGUUGGAAUGUGCUGGUGGAUUCUUUGACCGGCAUCGGCUUCUCGCCGGAUUUCGACAAUCAGACCUUGGCGGUUCUCCGAGGAAGAUUGGUGCGAUUUUUGAUGCGCUCGCGAGAGAUUGUCUUCGGUCGGUCAACGAAAGACACGGUUGUGGAUGUGGAUUUCUCACUGGAAGGUCCCGCGUAUAAAGUUUCCCGCAAGCAAGGUACGAUCAAGCUGAGAAGCAACGGUGAUUUCUUCAUUACCAAUGAAGGGAAGCGGGCACUCUACAUCGAUGGAACACCGCUGAUGUACGGCAAUAAGACCAGAUUGAACAACAAUUGCGUUAUCGAGAUAUCAAACCUACGUUUCAUCUUCCUCAUCAACUACGAUCUGAUCAAUGCAAUUCGACAUGAAAGUGCAAAGAUGAACAUCCCAUUGAAUUAGCUACUGAUUCUUGUCCCAACAAUUGUGUAUUGGAUUAUUCAAAUUUAUUCCACGAAUAAAUUAGUAUUUUAAGGUAAACAAAAAUA